AUGGUCUCAUUGCAAUACAUUCCUGAUUUCAAUUAUCACCCUAACUGUGCCAAACUCAAGAUAACAAAUGUUUGUUUCGCAUAUGAUCUGAUCCUUUUUUCCAUAGAUGAUGAGAGAUCUGUCCAACAUAUUAUGGAUGUUUUCAAAAAAUUCUAUGAGGCCACUGGGCUUAAGGCAAACCCUGCAAAAUGCAAUAUUUUCUUUGGUGGAACUAGUAUGCCGGAGCAGCAGAAUAUCUUGACUGUUUUUCCAAUGCCUAAAAAGAUCAUCAAACAAAUCGAAACCAUUUGCAGGAAUUUCUUAUGGUAUGGAAAAGCUACAGGUAGAAAAGCUUAUGUUUCUUGGGAGAAAAUAUGUGAGCCAAAGAAUGUUGGGGGUCUUAACAUCAAAGAUCUCAAUGUAUGGAACAAUCUAACCUUGUUGAAGCUCUGGUGGAACUUACAUGUCAAUGAUGAUAAGCUUUAG